CCCCGCACGUUUAUAGUAACGAGAACGGAGGUUGAAGGAAAAAAAAUUCAGGACUCACAGGAAACGACUCAUUGUAAACGUUGAUUGUGUUUAGAAGGACGAAAAUUUGGGAAAUUGUUUGGUUUAUGUAGCAUUUAAUCAUAGAUUUCGGAAUUAAUUUUUUCUAUCAGCUGUAUAAAUUGGGGGGGGGGGGGUAAUUCAGGAUGAUAGAAUGGUCGAAGCAGCUCAAAUCCGCUUUUGGGGCUUCUUUUCUAUGGCUGAUUUGUUUGAUCUACUUCACUCAGGGUUUUAGAUCCUUUGUGUGGACAGCAAUUUCUUAUCAUCUAAAGGAUGAGCUACAGUUGUCCCCAUCAGCAUCCCAGUUUGUGUCUUCAGUCGCAUUUUUCCCUUGGAGCAUAAAGCCGUUAUAUGGCAUUAUAUCAGAUUGUAUACCCAUAAGAGGGAGGAGAAGAAUUCCUUAUUUGGUCAUUUCAACAGUGCUUUCCCUGCUGCCAUGGAUUAUUCUAGGCCUAAACGCAUCACUGAGAACAUUCAAAGUGCCACUUAUGAUAUUCUUGACAGUACAGAAUAUUGGCUCUGCUAUGGCUGAUGUUGUUGCUGAUGCAAUGAUAGCAGAAACUGUUAGGCUCGAACGGGCUGCAUUUGCUGGAGAUCUUCAAUCAAUCUCUUGGAUUUCCAUGGCUUUGGGAGGAAUCUUUGGGAGUUUAUUGGGAGGAUAUGCACUGAAUGACUUGCAUAUUGAUGCAAUAUUUUUGCUUUUUGCUAUUCUUCCAACUUUACAGCUUGUGUCAUGUAUUUUUGUUGAGGAAAAUCCUACAAAUACUAAUGGUAUAAGUGAAGAUUUGAGUUUGACAAGCUUGCAAAAGAAUGGUGAUGAAAAUGAGGAAGAUACAUACCAUUUGACAAAUGGUUUAUCAAAGAUUACCACUUCACGGAGAAAAAAGGGCCAAAAGAAUAGCAAGAAAGCAAUUGCUCCCAAGAAAUCUCAGAUGCAGGCCAAGAGUAAAUCAUUAGCAUUGCAAUGGUUUUCUUCAUUGAAGAAAGCCAGUUACAGUUUAUUCAAUGCUUUUAAGCAACCAAUCAUUUUCAGACCUAUGGCUUGGUUUUUCUUGACGCACAUUACCUUCCCCAACAUCUCAACUGUGAUGUUCUAUUACCAGACAGAAUUCUUGAACUUGGAUGCCUCCUUCCUGGGAAACGUACGGGUCGUAGGCUGGUUAGGCCUCAUGCUUGGAACUUCUAUUUAUAAUAAGUACUUGAAGAGACAGAAGUUAAAAAAAACUUUAAUAUGGGCCCAAAUUGGCUUGUCUAUGCUAAGCCUCAUAGACAUGGUUUUAGUUUCUCGAUCAAAUAUUGCGUAUGGAAUUUCAGAUAAAAUGCUGGUCUUGGGUGGAACUGCUCUUACAGAUGCAAUUAAUCAGUUCAAGUUCAUGCCAUUUUUGAUAUUAUCUGGACAGUUAUGUCCUCCAGGAAUUGAAGGGACACUAUUUGCUCUGUUCAUGUCGAUAAACAAUCUUGGAACGACUGUGGGAUCAUUUGUGGGUGCUGGAUUGGCCUCAAUUUUGAGCAUUUCUUCAGGCUCUUUUGACAACCUUCUUAUUGGCAUCGUUUUUCAGUUCUUUUGUUCUUUCAUUCCGUUGGUGUUUCUCUUUCUAAUACCUAGCGACGCCACAGGCUUAUCUGCAUAGAUAGGUGAAGAAAUUGACCAUUCAAUACAGGAAAGUUUUGGCAGCAUAAUUUUGCUCCUUUGGGCAACAUAAUGGUCGAGUUGAGUGUGAUAGUCAUGUAUACCAUAGACAUUUAGGCUUGAGCUAGGGUUUUGUUCCUGAAGUUUUGCAUAAUGAUAUUGUAAAACAUAGUGAUGAGAAACCGGUGCCUGACAGUUCUUCAACUUAUCAGUAAUCAGUUGAUUAUUUGUACCACUGUUCACGGACGACAAUAAUGUUGGCCUAAUGUUACCUGCAAAAAUUCUUUCCAUUCUUCCCAAAUACUAAAUACCAAUGGACGAGGAUAAUGUUAGCCUAACAGUAUUUGAGAAAAUUGGUUCUUGCUCCAAAUGAGACAAGACUAGAUUCUCAAUCUCUUUGUUGAUUUAUUAAGUAAUCAUAUUGAGUAUUCAUGUUUAUGGCUGAAAAACGUUUGGUCUAAAUUGCAAACUAAAUUGGACCAAAACACAAUUUUAGCAUUUGGUGUGAUCUACGGUCUAAACAGUAUGUCUGGGUUUUUUUCAAAAAAGU